AUGGGGCUCGGUCCACUGUGGGCAGAAAAGUUAGUUUCAUCUCGCACGAGCGAUGUCAAGUCUACAGGCUGCACGCGAAAAUCUCACAAUGCUGGUAAAAGGGCAAUCCUGACUGCUCUGAUUGUUGGCCUUGGUGAAAGGGCUGUUUACAGAGGAUUGUGGAUGAGAGACUUUGUACAGACAGGACAGCUUAUCUCACAAAAAAAGGAGGAGUUGAGAGCCAUCUUGGACCACUUUAACAUUAAGCUGGAUAACGCUGUAACUAUUGUUAGCCAAGAAAUUAGCAAACAUUUCCUGCAUUCAAAAAGUGAAUCAGACAAGUAUAAGUUCUUCUUGAAAGCGACUAUGCUGGAACAAAUGAGACUGGAUUACAGCCACAUCGAGGAGGCCAAAACGGUUGCAAAACAGAAGAUGGAGGGGCAGCAGAGGUUUCUCAAGGACCUGAAGCAGGACUUUCUGCAGAAGAAAAAGAGGUCAUCAUUUGAUGAGUUGGAGGUUUUGAGGAGACAGGAAAAAAAAGGCCAUGGCGUCAAUGAGAAAGAGUAGCUUAUACAGAAGCUGAAGGAGGACAUUGAAAAAGGGGAGCAUAAUAACAAACACCAGAACAACCUUCAGUUUUGUCAGAGGGAGGUCAAACAAGCAGGAGAGAGACUUCAAUGGGUCAAGCAUCGUACUGACAGUUUGAAAGAGAAGCAGGCCACUCUGUUAGAGGACCGUCACAAGUUAAAAACACAAAUGAAGACUGCCAGUGAAAGUGUCAAGGAACAGGAGCUUGUUUAUUCCCAGGCUCAGACCAGACUCGAACUGUUAGAGCAGAAGCAAAAACUUCUUCAGGAGCAAAUAAACACAGCCAAAACAAGCAGCAGACUGAAUAAUGAUGGAGAGACAGAGUAUACAAGUCAGCAAAACAAAAUAUCCAGCCUGAAAAAGCAGCAAGCAGAGCACAAGAGUAAGUGCUUACAGCUGAAUCAAGAGAUUAAGAGCAGACAUCAGGCACUUCUCAAAGAUUGAGAAGAAGAAGACAAGCUGAGACAUUACGGAGAGAAUUUACUGGACCUGCUUGAUUCAAUCUCUGGGGUGCGUGCUAAUGGCCGCUUUUUCAAGACACCUGUUGGUCCCAUAGCCUACACAGCUGAGGGAGAUCAGGUUUAUCAAAUCAGUUAUUACUCCUCUGAACACAGCAUGGCCAACUAUCUCAGCAGAGAUCUCAAGGCAGAAGUAAGUGAGUUGGAGUCAGAGCUGGAGAAUCAGCAGGCUCAGCUGUCCAGGGUUCAGCUCCAAAAAACUUCCGUGUCUAAGGAUAUUCAGGAGAGAGAGAACAAGCUGAACACCACCACUGUGACCCUGAAAAAGACUCAAGCCUCUGUGAAUCAAAUCAAGGCAAAAAUAUCAGAGCUACAGACUGCUGUAGAGGAACACAUGGAUGACAUCAGCUCCUUGGAAGAAGUUGGCCAAGAAAACCUUGAGAAGAUAAUUGCAGAGAAAUGGCCUGUUCAUGAAGCAAAGAUUGAGCUGGAUAAACAACGAGAAAAAGCUGAGGAAAAGGAGUUUGAGGACUCUUCUGUUUGGAGACAGAUUCAUCAGCUUUGAGAAGAAAUGGAGCCUUUAGAGGAUGAACAAGAAAAGUUGGAGGCUGAUUGUGCACAGCAUCAACUCAACCUUGAGAACCAUGAGAACAAACUGAAGGUUCAUAAAGACAAAAUCCAAGCUAUGAAAAGUGACCUCACCCAAAAAGAAGAGGAAUUACACAAACGUGUGGCCGAAGCCUCAGAGAAGUGUCCUGAGCAGCACUAGGUGACCAGCAGCGUCAAGAGCAUCGACGAAGAAAUCACUUGGCUGAAGAAGAAAAUCGAAGUGUUUGAGAGCACCUAUGGAAAGAAGGAGGAGGUGAACAGGGAGUACACUGAGGCCCGGGAUCUCUAUGAACAGAAAACCAGGCAAAUGAAAGAUCUGCAGCAGUUCAUCGAUCGACUGGAUAGUAUCAUGUUAGACAGGAAGAAGAGAUACAAAGAUAUGCACAGAUGCCUCUCCCUCAGAUGCAAGUAUUACUCCAGUAACUUUGUGGCAAAGGUGAACCUCUGUGGCUCCAGGAUUUUUGAUCACACCAAUGAGAUGCUCUCAAUCUCAGUGUGGCCUUCAGACAGGGAGGAUGAUGCUUUAAGUGACACGAGGUCGCUGUUAGGUGGCGAGCGCUCCUUCUCCACCGUCUGCUUCCUGCUCUCCCUGUGGGAGAUCACAGAGUCGCCCUUCAGAUGUCUCGACGAGUUCGACAUCUACAUGGACAUGCACUAUCACAAAAUCUCUCUGGAUCUCCUGGAGUUGUCUUGGCGGCAGAAGCAUCAACAGUUUGUCUUCAUUAGUCCCCUCACCACCAGCUAUUUGCCUAAAACCAGCCUCAUCAAAAUCCACCGCCUUCAGAAUUCAGAUGAAGUUCAUAGUGAAUGAGAAGAUGCCUGAGGGUGCACUUUUCUGCUAGUUUUAAGCCCACAAUUCCAACAGAUGUUGCAAAUAGUGCUGAAGUUAAAAUCAACACAGAUGUGUGCAUUUCAUGUCUUGUGCUUCAUAGCUCUUAUGAUUUUAAGUGUUUUAAUUUGAUGUUUUUGGUCUUUUGGUGAAAUGUUCGGCACUGACUUGCAUUGCCAUUUUAACUUUAAUAUCAUCUCAUGCCACCAUUCUUAGAAAUGUUAAGCCUUUUACUUAAAAUAUUUUCUUGUACAACAAAUUAAUUAAUACAUUUUAGAAAUUUUACUUUUUACUUUAGGUUUUACUUUAAAAACUUGCCUCAACUUGACAGUGUUCAUUUUUACACAUCAGGCAAUUUGUUAUUGAAGUAAACUGCUUGUCAGUGACUAAAACUGAUCAUCUAUUCUCCCUGUUACAUAAGCUCUAUUUAGUUCUCUUCAUUGUUAAAGACCGUUUCUGUAGCAGCAUUUAUAUGAUACAACAGUAAAGACUCUUCUAUUGUUACAGUAAACCUUUUGCAUAAGCUAAACACCAUUGUAUCUGUCAUACUUUUCACACUCACACAAUCAGCUAUUACUUAGGCUUUCCAUCCGUUCAUCCACAUUGACACACUCUUAAAUACCGCCGCUCUGAUUCCCAUUAAUUACACCUGCUCC